GUAGCUGGAGGACCGCGGCGGUGCGGCGGGAGAGCCGGCCAGGCGCGAUUUAUCGAUCGCCGAGCGUAGUUCCAAACCGGCCGCCAAGCGGAAAGGAGGAGGGGUGGGGGAGGAAAAAAGAAGCCAUGAGCCUGGCGGAGAAUCGGCCGUCGCGGAAAAAUGCCGGCAACCGCAUGUCGCGGCUGCUGGAAGCCGAGGAGGAGGACGACUUCUACAAGACGACCUACGGGGGCUUCCACGAGGAAUCAGGAGAUGACGAGUACAACACGGACCAGUCGGAGAGCGAGGACGAGGUCGACUCGGACUUCGACAUCGACGAGGGGGACGAGCCGACCAGCGACCAGGAGGACGAUGAGCCGAAGCGGAAACGUCGAGUGAUCACCAAAGUGUACAAGGAACCCGUCAAAUCGGCCAGACCCAAAGCCAAGGUCAAGAAGCCUGCCUCCAGCCCCGGCGGCUUCGAGAAGCUGAAGACAGAGAAGGGGGACAUCGCGGAACAGCAGGAUGAGUUCGAAGAGUGCGGCCGCAAAUCCGUGCGCCAGUCGACAACGGAGCACACCCGCCUGACCUACCUGCGGGUACAAGAGCGCCAGGUGCAGCCUCGUCGUCUGCGCAAGGCCCCGCAUGCUGAGACCCGUCAGCUGACACAGGAGGAGCUUCUGGCGGAGGCGAAGAUCACGGAGGAGAUCAACCUUCGCUCCCUGGAAAACUAUGAGCGGCUGGAAGCAGACAAGAAGAAGCAGGUCCUAAAGAAGCGCAAGUGCGUGGGGCCGACCGUUCGCUACCACUCUGUAACAAUGCCCCUGAUCACGGAGAUCAACGUGAAGGAGGAGAACGUGGACGUGGUAGGGUUGGACCACGACCCGCAGCCGGCGGCCGAGGGCCCGUCCCUGGCGGUGUUGGCGCCGGUCGGGCGGUGCCUCCGCAACUUCGUCACCUUCAGCGACGACGCCACCUUCGAGCGGGCGUUUCCCCGGGCCCGGGUGCCGCGCGUGCCCGCCCGCGAGCUGUGCCCCGUCACCCACAAGCCGGCCCUGUACCGCGACCCCAUCACCGACAUCCCCUACGCCAACAUCCGGGCCUUCAAGAUCAUCCGGGAGGCCUACAAGAAGUACAUCACCGCCCACGGCCUGCCCAACGCGGCGGGCAGCUCCCAGUCCGAGCAGAGCAGCCGCACGCGGCAGAAGAUCAUCAUCAAGCAGGCGGUGCCGCCGACCUGACACUCCCGGUGCCGGGGGUUG